GCAGCGCACAACAGUCAAGAGACAGACAUCAGAAGCAGCACUGACACCAGAACAGACCACAAAGAUGAAGAUGCCUCAACUUGUCAUCCUCCUGUUGACCAUCUUGGUUCACGCAGCAGCCGGUUUCCCCACCGACAGGAGGGUCCGGGAGAAACAGGCCUCCUGGGACGAUAUGAACGUGGUGGCCCACGGGCUACUCCAGCUCGGCCUGGGCCUGAAGGAGCAUGUGGACAAGGCCAAAGUCCAGAUGGGUGAUGUCAACGCCAAGCUGAAAGCCUUCAACAGCACGGUGGCUGAGCUGGCGAGGAAGCAGCAGGAGCAAGAUGAAGCCCUACAGGCUAAAAGUAAGGAGGUGGAGGAGAGGCAGAGGCUGUCAGCAGAGCUGGCUGAGGAGGUGAAGGUGAAGGUGGAGGACAUGAAGAAGCAGACAGAGGAUAUAAACUCCAGAAUGGACUGGCUGCAGGAAGUCCUCACAGAGAGGACACUGGACAGCAACGACAGUGGUCACUCAGGAGUCCCAUUCAUCCAGAGGCUGGUGGUGGCUCAGAACAGACGCAUUGACCAGUUGGAGGAGAAACUCAAACUGCAGCAAGACAAAAUGGAGAAACAGAGCCUGCAACUACAAGCACUGCAGAGCAAGGUUGCACAUAAAAGAGUAAAGGCACACAGGAGGAGACCCGAAGAUAUGGCACUGACAGGCGAGGCUCAGCAGAUCCACACAGAAUCAGGUUUCCCCAGAGACGACGAUGAUCUGUUUGUACGCGGGCAGCGAGCCGGCGGAGACAGGAGGAGCAGGAGGCAGCAGCUCAGGAAGCAGGCGUCGGCCUGGACGCCCACAAAGGGAGAGAGCAACUCUCUGAGCAACAGUCAUCUAGAAAAGACGCCCGCCUCCAUAAAUCGCUAAGACUCCAGAGAAAAUGACUUAAAUUUAAAUGCUAAACUACUGAAGGACUGAAAUCAGGAGUUUUCAUACGCACAUUAUUGCUCUCUGCUGAUUCACUGCAGGAUCAGAUCCUUCGAUGCCAUGUGAUAACUCACUGUCUCAGUGGACAUGUUCAGUCAUAUUGACAGGUGUAACUUUAUCCCCCUUCAUAAGGGUUUUUCUCACUUUCUAUGAUUUUUUUUUUUUUUUAAUUGCUUUGUACUGAAAUACUGCACAGUUUCUUAUUUUAAGCAUUUGUACAAAACGGAAUAUUUUAUAUGAAGUGGAUAAAAAUAAAAUUUUAAUGGUUAA